AUUUUUAAUAUCAUUAUUACUAUUUUUCAAUGAUAAAAUUAUAAAAAUAAUAAACCAACAAGCAAAAAUUUCCACCCAGCCCUAAUCGACAAUAGCAACCCAGCUACCCAGUUCCAAACGACAAUUUCCAAAAUCCAAUAGACAAUAAUAUUUUUCACCCAGCCCCAAUCGAAAAUACCCACCCAGCCAAAUUUGUUACUAUAACCACUCUACUUUACUCUACUUUCCGCCACACUCCACUCUAAUUUCAGAAAUUCUACAAAUAAUUUCUUGUGCUCACAUUUUAAAUUAAGAAAUUUUCCAUUUUGCAAGCAAUUCAAAAGUUUUAUAUUUUACAAACAACAAAAAUUUCAGAAAUUUUACAAACAAUUUAAAUUCCAAUCUCUAUCAAUUUCUCAUCUAGAAAUUCAGAAAUUUGACAAACAAGAAAAUAAGUAAGAUAAAUAAAUUCAUAGAGAAGAGAUGAACAAUACCUUUAUUAGUUCACAUUCAAUGGUUAUAUCUUGAGUUCUUCACUUCUUUGUAACUUUGAGAAAAAUGGAAUUUUAGAGAAGAUGGAGAAAGUGAGUAGUUCAGAAAUUCGUCUCAAUAGUAGGAAAAAAAAAAAAUAAAAAGAAAGUAUUUUAAUUCUCGAAACUCCGACGCGCUUACCUGAAGUAAUGACCAUUUCCGAAAUCAGCUUCCUUUCUCCGCAAAGCGUCCCAAAACUGACGCUUUUCAUCUCUUCACUGACACUUUCACUAUCAGUCAAUGGCACAACACCAUUACAAUCCAACUUCAAAGAAACCCACAAAUCCACUAUCUCUCUCUUUAACUUCCUUCCUCUUUCUAUCUCUCCUUUGCUUCAUUUCCCUUCUUCUUGCUUUCUCUGUUUUCAAAUCAUCCAUUCCCUUCACCUCUUCUUUUCAAGAUCUUCAUUUUGUAUCGAAAACCCCAUCAUCAAAUUCUUGUGAUUUCACAGAUGGGAAUUGGGUUUUUGAUCCUACCAUUAGAUCUACUCCUUAUGAUCAGACUUGUAAGGAGAUUUUCAAGGGUUGGAAUUGUAUUUUGAAUAACAAGUCUAAUGCUUUGGAUAUUUCUAAGUGGAAAUGGAAGCCUAAAACUUGUGAUCUUCCUCAGUUUGAUGCUCUAAGAUUUCUUCAACGGUUUAGGGACACUAGUAUCGGAUUUAUAGGUGAUUCUUUGAACAGAAAUAUGUUUGUUUCUCUGUUUUGCACUCUGAGGCGAGUAUCAAGUGAUGUGAAAAAGUGGCACCCGGCUAAAGCAGAUCGAGGAUUCACUUUUGUUCAGUACAAUCUUACAAUUGCUUAUCAUCGGACAAACUUGUUAGCACGAUAUGGUAGGUGGUCUCCUAAUGCCAAUGGUGGUGUGCUAGAAUCUCUUGGAUACAAGGAUGGAUACCGAGUUGACAUUGAUGUCCCUGACAGCAAAUGGGUUGAAGCUCCUACCUUCCAUGAUGUUGUCAUCUUUAAUACUGGUCAUUGGUGGUGGGCUCCUUCCAAAUUCAACCCAGUAACGUCGCCUAUGCUCUUCUUCGAGAAGGGGACUCCCAUAAUGCCUCCAAUUGCUCCUGAUGUUGGUUUGGAUAAGGUCUUGAGACAAAUGAUAUUAUAUGUCGAAAGCAAAACGCGACCCGGUUCAAUAAGAAUAUUCCGCACACAAUCCCCUAGGCAUUUUGAGGGAGGUGAUUGGGACCAAGGUGGUUUUUGCCCACGCUUAAAGCCUUUGGUGUCACAAGAGGUUGAAGAACUUUUCAGUGUCGAGAAUAACGGAACCAAUGUUGAGACACGCCUCGUUAAUGAUCACUUGUACAAGGCCCUCAAAGGAUCGAGUUUUCAUGUAUUGAACUUAACCCAUAUGAGCGAAUUUCGAGCAGAUGCUCAUCCAUCAAACGCCGGUGGAAAGAAGCAUGAUGAUUGUAUGCAUUGGUGCUUACCUGGCAUUACAGAUACAUGGAAGGAUUUAUUUGUUGCAUACUUGGAUAAUGUAAAACAUCAGAACUGAAUAUAUUCUUUCAUUUCAUCAAAGCAUUGCUGCUUUUGUUGGUUCAA